CCCUGCUCUUUGUUCUGCCUUUCCCCUGCUGUCUGUGUUGCAGGAGGAGAAACAGUAAAUCCCAGGCGUACUUUGAAACACAGAAUGUCUUGGGAUUCUCUGCAUGGUGAUGAUUUGCGGCGCCCCAGAAUACGAGCAGCUUCAACCCCCACUUCCAGCAGCCAGACAGGAUCUGAGACACCAGAACUGGGAGCGCUCCAGCGCAUGCUGUGGACACCCAUACCCUUACAUGGCAAUGUCAAUGAAGUCUGGCCUAAUCUCUAUAUUGGAGAUCUAUAUAUAGCCCGUAACAUAGAACAGCUUCGUCAAAUGGGAAUCACCCAUAUUGUGAAUGCUGCUGCUGGAAGGUUUCACAUUGACACCGGAGCCAAAUUCUAUAAAGACCUGCCAGUGGACUACUUUGGAGUUGAAGCAGAUGAUGAUCCAAAGUUCAAUCUCAGUAUUUACUUCCACUCAACUGCUAAAUAUAUCCGAGCAGCACUGAACACACCAAAAGGUAAAGUAUUAGUCCACUGCGCCAUGGGCAUAAGUCGCUCAGCAACCCUUGUGCUUGCCUUCUUGAUGAUCUGUGAAAACAUGACCCUUGUGGACGCCCUAAAGUCUGUGCGGGAACACAGAGGGGUCUGUCCAAACUCUGGUUUCCUCAGCCAGCUUCGGGAUCUUGACAUCCAACUUGCAAGAGAAAGGGGGAGAAAGAGCUGAUCCCUUGAAACUUUCAGUGAAGGAUAUUUAUGCUGUGAUUCAAGCCUAAGGAAAAAAGUCAGGAAGACAACAUCUCAAGAGAGCAUCUGAACUCUGGCUCUGUGUGCUAGUAAAUAUUUCUGGGUAGCGAAAUGAAAAAUAGUUGUGUAUUUCUUUGAUGUUCACAGCUCAUUUGAGAUUAAAGGAGUGCCAGAAACCUGGCAUACAUAUGUGA